AAAAAUAAACGAAAAGCAUAGAAAAGCGUAAAGUGAUACUUCUUAUUUUCUUUUUGUUAUUAGUGCUGAUUUGUUGUUGUUUUAACUUUUCUUUUGAAAAGUUAGUGCACUUGUGCUAUAUUGGAUUUCAAUACAGUUUCAAUUUCAUUGACCGAAUUUAGUUUAGUUUUUAUUUACCACACAGAAAUUGUUCACGUAACAUGUGCAUUAAAAAACCAACAAAUUUAUUUUGAUAAAAACUAAAAUCUACUUAUUUGCCAAACGUGUUACUCUGCAAAAAAAAAAAAAUUUAAAUAAAAAGAUUAAAAAAAAAUUAAAUUAGAUAAAUAAAAAAAAAUCAUUGUGUGCAGCAUCUCGAAAACAACUGUAAACCUACGGUCUAACAACUACACAAGUAACUGUUUAAAAUCGUUUAACGCCCACCACUUAUACAGCUGUAAAGCCAAAAGUGUUAAAAAUUUUUUUUUAGUGAAAAAUAUUCAAUUAAAGAAGUUCCAUUAAAUGUUUUGCUAAUAAAGUAGUUAAAAAUUAGUAGUUAAAGAAUUAAGUAAAAGCAUUUAGGAAAAUUUCCAAAAAAAUUAGUUCCAUACAAAAGUACAACAAUUAAUUACCAACCACGGCUACAACAAUAAGUAAAAACAGAAGCAACCUUCGCUUGGUUACUCCAGCAUAACAGCUACUAAAUAGUACAAAAAAACAAAAAAAACCACUACCACACAAUAACUACACCAACAGCAACACUUCAAUAUUCCCAGCGAUUCAAAUCUAAUAGUCAUGCGACUUGAUCCGAUAUCAAAUGAAGAUUUUAGAUCUUUAAGCUCAAGAUUUUCUAGUAUAGCAUUCGAAUCUCUACCGUCCUGGGGAGGAUCUGAGAAAACAGACACAAGACUGCCAAUUACCGACUACUCAACACUUGGUGGCCCACGUCACAAUCGUAGUCCAUUCCCUCUUGCAAAAGACAUAAACAAUCGUUUCGUGAUUUGGGAUGGCGAUAUUACAACACUCGAAGUAGAUGCCAUUACCAAUACAACGGAUGAAACAUUGACUGAAUGUAAUCCCAUAUCGGAACGGGUUUUUACUGACGCUGGUAAUGAAUUAAGAGAGGAGCUCAACAGUAACAUUAAAGAAUGUCGAACGGGUGAUGUGCGUGUUACGCAAGGUUUCAAUCUACCUGCGAAAUAUAUAUUACACACCGUGGGACCAGCAUUUAAAGAGAAAUUUAAAACUGCUGCAGAAAAUACUUUACAUUGUUGUUAUAGAAACGUUUUGUGUAAAGCCAAGGAACUUAAUUUGCGAACAAUUGCAUUGUGUAACAUUGUUACCAGCCAACAAAGUUUCCCAGCAGAUUUAGCGGCUCACAUUGCAUUACGCACAAUACGUCGUUAUCUGGAAAAAUUUACAACUCAGAUUGUGAUAUUAUGUGUAGGUUCGAAUGAACGCGGUAUAUAUGAAGUUUUGGCACCUUUAUACUUUCCACGAGAUCAUUUAGAGGAACGUAGCGCAUUGUGGCAAUUGCCAAAGGAUAUUGGCGGAGAAUUCGGUGAACCACAACAUCCUGAUCGACAAAUACGUAUCAUACGAAACCCACAACACCGAGUAUUAAUGCGUCAUACUGACGACGAUUCCGAUACCAGUCCACACGAUAUGGAAGGUAAUAGCUCUGAUUUGGAAUACGGCCUCGAUAACCUAAACGGAUUACAACAAAAUCGAAGAAAUCAAACUUAUUCCCAAAUGCAGAGUGACUUGGAUCGACAACAUCUUUUGGGUGAUAGACCACGAAAUGGCGUUUUUGAGAACGUUGUUGCUGACGGUAUUGAAGGCCUUGAACACCAAGAGCGGUAUGUAAUUUUAAACCAUAAUUUAAAUAGAUUGUAUUUCAUUUAAUUCAGUAAACACAAGUAAA